GUAAUUAAUAUUGACCAAAAAUUUUGCUUUCUGCUGUCAUAAAUAAUAUAUUAGGUAAUACAGUAUUACAGAUCUUUUUUAUGCUGUCAAAGCAAAGUGCACCGGACAAAGUUAAGCAUGCUUGGGGCUGGCACUGUGGCUUAGCGGGUAAAGCUGCCGCCUGCAGUAACGGCAUCUCACGUUGGCGCUGGUUCAAGUCCCGACUGCUCUACUUCUGAUCCAGCUCUCUCUGCUAUGGCCUGGGAAAGCAGUAGAGGAUGGCCCAAGUGCUUGGGCCCCUCACUCACGUGGAGACCUAGAGGAAGCUCCUGGCUCCUGGCUUGGAUCAACACAGCUCUGGCCAUUGUGGCCAUCUGGGGAGUGAACCAGCUGAUGGAAGACCUCUCUCUCUGUCUCUCUGCCUCUCCUCUCUCUGUGUAACUCUGACUUUCAAAUAAAUCUUUUUUUAAAAAAAGUUAAACAUGCUAAGAGAAAUACUUUUUUAUAGAUUUAUUUAUUUAAAAGAUGGAGUUAUAGAGAGAGAAAGAGAGAGAGACAGAGAGGGGCUGAAAUCUUCCAUUUGCUGGUUCACUCUCCAAAUGGCUGCCAUAGCCAGAGCUGGGCUAAUCCAAAACUGAGAGCCAGGAAUUUCUUCCGAGUCUCUUAUGCAGGUUCAGGGACCCAAGCACUUGGGUCAUCUUCCGCACUUUUCCAGCCUCCUUAGCAGAGAGCAGAAUUGGAAGUGGAGCAGCUGGAACUCAAACCAAUGCCUAUUAGGAAUGGGGCGCUGCCGGAGGCGGCCACUUUACCUGCUUCGAUGCAGUGCCUGACUCAAGAGAACACUAUUUAAAGUGAUGACAGGCCUGGAGAGACACCAGAAUGCUGCCUGCACUCAGCUCUGCGGAAACGAACUUGGAAGGACUUUUACACGUUGGGGUGAAAGUGAGACCAGAGGCCCCCAGUGUUGUUAAUCGCCUUUAUGCAAAGGAAAAAUAAGCUUUCCUUUUCUUUCUGACAGGAGGUAGUUUUAUAAUUUGAAGCAAGACUCCAGCACAAAUUUAGGCUUUUAUCCCUCCAUAGAAACUUUUUAUAUUUGAAAGAGAUAGAUUCUAGGUCCUUGAUUAAAAAAAAAAUUAUUCCUGGAUUGUAAAACUACCAAGAGGCUUUUAAAAGGAUUUGCAGCUCAAGGUGCUGAACAAGAAAGUUCUAUUGCAAGUUUUCUAAGGCAGAUGCUAAGAAUGGCCCAGAGUGGAGAAGAAGCGUGUGUGAAGUUCAGUCACACAGAGGAGAACAUUAAAGCCCUCUCAGUCCACGUGCAUUUCUCCAAGAAAGUUGUAAAUUGUCGGGUGAGUGCAAGAAUGUCUUUUUUUUUUUUUUUCAAGAUUUCAUUUCUUUAUUUGAGAGGUAGAGUAACAGAGAGAGGGAGAGAUGGAAAGAAAGGUCUUUGGUCUGCUUGUUCACUCCCCAAAUGGCUGCAAUGUUGGAGUUGCACCAAUGCAAAGCCAGGAGCCAGAAGCUUCUUCUGUGUCUCCCACGUGGGUUCAGGGGUCCAUGCACUUGGGCCAUCUUUCACUGCUUUCCCAGGCCAUUAGCAGAGAGUAUAAUCAGUAGUGGAGCAGCUUGGAUACAAACUGGUGCUGAUAUGGGAUGGUGGUUCUACAGGCGAAGGCUUAGCCUACUAUGCCACAAAGCUGCCCUGAAGAAUGUCUUAAAAAACAGUUGAGGGGCCAGCACUGUGACGUAGUGGUUAAAGCUGCUGACUGCAGUACUGGGAGAUGCCAGUUCAAGUCCCAGCUUUUCCUGUUCCGAGCCAGCUCUCUGCUAUGGCUUGGGAAAGCAGUAAAAGUUGGCCCAAGUCCUGGGGCUCCUGCACCCACGUGGGAGACUCAGAAGGAGCUCCUGGCUCCUUGCAUUGGAUGGGCCCAGGCCUGGCCAUUGCUGCCAUUUGGGGAGUGAACCAGAGGAUGGAAGACCUCUAUUUCUCUCUCUUUGCCUAUUCUGUAACUCUGCCUAUCAAAUAAAUAUAUAAAUCUUAAACAAAAAGUUGAUUCAUGUUGGAAAAUUACCUUCAAAAUUUUUUUUUAAUUUAUAAUCUCAUUAGAAGAGAACAAAAUUUUUCAUUUUUAUUGCCUGCCAACAUGGUUUUGGUAAAAAAAGGACUUUUUUCAGCUUUUAUUUUUAUUUGGACCCAUUUGUAAAUGAAGAAGGGACUAUCACACUUUCAAUUACAAAUGAGAUUAAACUAUAAAAAUAUGUUCAUUGUCACUUUGUAAUUCCUCUCCUGGGAAUUGACAAUCUCUGAAGUUUAUAAAAGCAUUUUUCUUUUACAAUGUUAUUACUUUUAAAGAAAAUUAGUCUUGUUCUAUUCAAUAAGUUAAUGGUUCAGAAGUGAGAGAAAAUCCACCCGAUAUGGCAAGAGUUAAUAAAACCGAGGUGUUUGUUUUUGCCCCAGAAAUUUCACAUCUCAGUUUCCACUGGUUUCUUUUAGUUUUCAGUAAGAACAACUGGCAUAAGAGGAGGUGUCUCAUUUGAAAAUAUUUUUUCUAAUUUUGGCUUCAGGAAAAAGGAAUUGCUGUGUUCUGGUUUUCUUGAAAUACUCGACAUGGAUACUUCGGUUGCAUAGGGACAAUCACUGUUUGUUGGAGGAAGGAAGAAAAGAGUAAACAUUGUCCAGGAUACAUCCAAUGAUAGCCCUUCCUCAUGUGGCUGCCCACCUGCUCCUCCCGCAACAGCCACCCACCCACAGCACCAAACGAUUGUAUUUGCAAGUUUUACCUUGUUUUAAGUGACCUUGGUUGUGACUCUCCCACAGUCACUCCCAUGUCCGUGAUUGGCCUUUUUUAAAGCUCCCAUCUUUAGAUGUUAAUUAAAUUCUGAAAGCUUUACUUUUUCUCAGGAAGCUCCACAUGUCAUUGGAGGAAAGAAAUAUAUUGAAUUGUAGUUCUAUUUUUGAUAUCUUCCAGAUCACUCUUUUCUCUCUUUUAUCUUCUGUCUCUUUUUGAAUAAUUAAGAAAUGACUAUUCUGAAAGGAAACCUACAGGCUCAUUCUAGAGGGAACCUUCAUGCAGCAAAUACUUCUGAUGUAGUGUGUUACAUCGAGGCUUCAACAAAAGUACCCACAGCGUGAAGUAAGGGAAGGAGAGAGCAGAAGACUAAAGUUUACUGAGUGUCAUCCAACUGCCAAGCACUGAGGAAGUCCAAUCUCAUGUAAAUGAAGGGCAUUAUUAACUGAAAGACUCUGAAAAGCAGUUUUAUAUUUAGUUCUGCCCCAUAGUUUGACAUGAGAUCUGGCAUAGAGUAGGCAUUAAAUAAAUGCUAAAUAGAAGUACAGAGAAGUUGGAGAAGUAAGGACAUUUGAACUGGUGUUAAAGAAUGUGUGGAAUAGAUGGACCUCUUUUAACUUUCAAAUUCCUUAAUGAUGUUUGUGAUCUUCAUAACUUCAUAGAUAUUAAAUAUAAGUUGAAAUAUUUCUGUUAUCUAAUUAAUUACCAAAACUUUGAUUCAGAAUCAUUGAUGAAGAACUAUAGUUGACAUAGUAAUGACUGGUUAAUAGCACAAGUUUAUUACUAACUGAAAAAUAAUUAAAACCAGUAAAUAUUAUGUGCAUUAAUAUUUUGCUUAAACUAAAUAUAAUAGGCAUGUAGUUUCAAGAGCAUUUAUUGUUUAAAUAGGAGGAGCUUAUCUUUGUUAAAAAGAUAAUUUUAGUCUUAAUUCAUAAACAAUCAAAUGGUAUGAUCCUUGUAAAAGCUGUUGUACUAAUUAAGAAUAAAUUAUGCUUUCUCUAAUGAGCUGUUGAUUAGUUGGAAAGAGCUCUCAUAUUUCUUUUAGUUCAAUUUUAAAAAAGUAAAUAAAAUUAUAAAAAUAGAUACUGGUAUAUAAUCUAAAUACAUAGGACUUAUAUAUGUAUUCAUAUUAGGAAUAUACUCUAUGUUAGCAGUACUUAUGUGUGUGGCAUAUACAGAUGUGUGAAAAAUGCAUAUAUGUGGGGUAUAUGUAAAUAUGUAUAUAUACUUACACACAUAUGUAUAUUCUUCACAGCUUGCAGUCUGAUCCAACCUCAUGCCCCCAGUUACAAAUGAUUGCAGUUCCACUGUUAUCAUCAUGUUGCUGAGGUAAAACUUGUGUCUCACAGAGUUUUCUUACCAAGAGGGGGUCAUUAAUAGAGACCAAGCAAGUAAAACAUCUGGCCUCAAACUCUUGCAAGAUGUCUCCUUACAUACCUUUUCAAACCAUGCUUAAAUUGUUUGAAUAUAGGUUGUGCUAAAAAGUAUGAUCUUUAAAAUUACUUCACUAUUAUAUAUUUACUUGAUAUUUAAUAGAAAAAAUGAAAAGAAAUGAUAAUAAAGUAAUUCUAAGUUUACUUCUAAGCUUAAAUGCAAGACAGAAUUAAUUAUAAAUGCCAACAUAUUGAGGAAUAAGGAAAAAUUUAAAAAUAGAGCAAGAACAAAAUAGGAAGAAAGAAAGAGAAAGAAGGAAGAGGUGUUAGUCUAUUAAUUAGCACUUUUAAGAAUACAUUUAUUUAUUAUUUGAAAGUCAGAAUUACAGAGAGAGAGGGGGAGAGAGGGAGAGAUCUUCCUUCUGCUGGUUCACUCCCCAAAUGGCCACAAUAGACAGGGGUAGGCCAGGCAGAAGUCAUGAGCCAGGAGCUUCUUCUGGGUCUCCUAGAUAGGUGCAGGGGCCCAAGCACCUGGUCUAUCUUCUGCUGCUUUCCCAUGCACAUUAGCAGGGAGUGAGAUCUUAAGUGGAACAGCCAGGACUUGAACAAGCACCCACAUGGGAUGCUGGUGCUGUAGACAGGGGCUUAAGGGGUUGUGCCAAUAGUGGCCCCUAAUAAGCAUUCCUGUGACCACAGUUAUAGAAUGAUAUGUCACUUAAAUGUCAGUUGCCUGGGUAUUUUUAAACCUUCUAGCUUUGUGAGGUUAUUCUUAUUUACGUUAGUUUUCAUCUCUACUAUCAUAGAAAUCCAACAUUUCCCUUUCACUAUAUAGGGACAUGUGGAAUCUACAUUUUCCCCAGUCAUCUCAUCUUGAUUUCACAUUUCCACUGAACUCUUAAUCUUCUGGUCUCUUCUCUGUGUCCUCCCCCUACCCAUAUUUUGUCAUAGAUUUAUUUAUUUAUUUGGAAGUCAAAGUUGCAGAGAGAGAGGGAGAGACAAGGAGGUCUCUCAUCCACUGAUUCACCCCCCAGUUGGCCACAACAGCAAGCGCUGGGCCACACUGAAGCCAGGAGCCAGGAGCUUCUUCCAGGUCUCCCACAUGGGUGGCAGGGACCCAAACACUCAGGCCAUCUUCCGCUGCUUUUCCCAGGCCGUUAGAAAGAGUUAGCUGAGCGAGAAAGGGGGCAGGUGAAACAUGAACCAUUGACCAUAUGGGAUGCUUGUAUUGCAUGUAGUGGCUUUACCUAUUAUGGCACAAUGCUGGCCCCAUCUCUUCUGCAUUCUGCAUUGAUAUAAACAACUCCGUAAGCUUUUCCUUUGAAUCUCUAGGUAAAUCACAAGGGUCCUGAAUUUUGCAGUUUUUUGAAACCAUUUUGGGUAGCCUAAUAUAGAAAAUAAUAAAUUGAAAAUUAGAAUAUUAUUAGUACACUAUUGUUAGAAAAUUAUUUAUAAUAGUCUGUCAGUCAUUUUCAUUCUUGAGAUUUUUCACAGACAGCCAAUUGUCAUCAGAUGCCGAUGUCUUCAACUCUCACCUUCCAUGAUAAUUGUUGAGAUUCAUGAUCUGAUACAUGCUGCAAGCACUGGAACCUACUUUUCUUUCUACUUGCUCUUAUUGGUUUCACAAUUUAUUAUGUAUGAAAUUCUGCUCUCUAUUUUCUUGUUGAAGCAAGCCCUGACUUUUUAUACCAAAACAACCUGUAAUGUUAUUUUUCUGAGUAGUCAUCCACCCUGAAGAAAAAUUAUGUGACUGUCUUGGAAGGCACAUUAUUUGUUUUCUCUCCACAUUGCAAAAGGAAUUGCAGGAUUUUUUUCUCCCUCUUCGCUUGAUAUAAGAAAAAUGAGAACUUUCAAAGUCCUUUAUAUCCUACUGUUUAAUUUUUGUGUGUGUGUGUGUGUGUGUGUCUAGUUCAAAAACAAAUACUUAGAAAAUGUCAUUGGCCAUUAAGAAGGAUUUAAGAGAUCAUGAAAUUGACAAUUCAGCAUCACUGUAAAUGGCACUGAAGUAGAAAGAGUGAAUUGUGAUUUUGUAUAUACAGCAUAGCUGGGUGGGGAACUAAAGGAUAAAAAGGAAAGAUGAAGUUUUCCCUGAUCUGAGGUAAUUAAUAGAGUUCCUAAAAUAUUUAUUGUGGUGAAGUGGACAUUUUGAGAUUCGAUAAUUGUUUAUUGUCCUUGUAUCUUCUGUUGAGGAACAGUGUUUUUAUUUUUUUUUCCUUCUUACUAUUUGUUGAACUCUUACAUAGGGUCAACUUUACGAUCAUUAAGUAAAUUGAAAGAAGAUUUUUGUAAAAAUUAAGAGUCAAAAUGGGAGAGGGAGAAGAAAGAAGGGUUGGAAAUGAGCAGGAGGGUAGAGUGGGAAUUAUCACUAUGUUACUAAAUCUGUAUAUAUGAAAAUCACAAAACAUGUAACUUAAAUAAAAUUUUUAAAAAAGAACAAAAGAGAGAUGUAGGAGAUAGCCAUCUUUUACAAAGUGGUAGGAUUUGGGGGUAGAUUAGAUUAUGAUGUUUAGAAAUGCUUGCCUAUUUGUGUUCUCGGUUUUAUAUGAGGCUAUUGCUAGUUUCCAGAAUGGAACCGUCCUUGAAACUCUUUACUGGGCAGGAAAUUUACCAGUUUCUGGCAGGUGUUGCAGUGCAGCAGGUUAAACAGAAGAUGAUGGAUCAAGGUCUUAGGUCCCUGUUACCCAUGUGGAAGACUCACAUUGGAGCUCCUUGGCAUGGCUAAACCCUGGCUGUUAUAGGCAUUUGGAGAGUAAAUUGGCAAAUAGAAGAUUCAUAUUCUCUCUCCCUCUCUCCCCCUCACUCUCUCCCCCCCCCCCUCUCCCUCUCGCCCUCUCUCCCUCUCUCCCUCUCUCUCUCUCUCUCUCUCUCUCUAUUUCUCUAUUUCUCUAUUUCUCUCUCUCCCUCGUCUGUCUCUCUCUCAUUCUGCCUUUCAGGUAGAUGAAAAUAAAGAUUUUGUAAAAACCCUUGACUGGAGAACUAAUAGUUCUGAGCAAUAUGAUACCCAUUUAUUCUUCUAAAAAGUUUCUCCUGUAUUUCAAAUCCUGUUGUCUAAACUCUGCUCCCACAGAAUAUAAGGAAGACCAUCAAAACAAGAACAAGUAGAGACUGCUCAAUCAGAGCUGAUUGCAUCAAGGCCACCAACCAUCAUUUGUGUUUGAUACAGACUCAAAGGUGUCACACAUUCAGAAAGGAGCAUCUCCUGGUAAUGUGUGAUGCAGCUCGCCUGUCAAUCACAGAUGACAGAGAGCUGAACUCCGUGCUGCUCCUCAGUUUCCUACGAGUAUUAAUGUUAAGAGAGACCAGUGCUCCUGCUUAUUGGACAGGAAAGAAAGUCACUUACAAAGUGGUAAUGUGCAAGGACUGGAGAAGUAUUCUUAUUCCACAUCAGAGACCUAACUUUAUAGAGACAAUAAGACCCACUGUGAGAAAAAACAGAUUAAUACAAGGUGAGCCAAUCAUGACUGGCAAAACACAGACCAGCAAUGUCACCAAUAAGAAUGACCCCAAGUCUAUCAAUUCUCGUGUUUUCAUCGGCAAUCUAAAUACAGCUAUUGUUAAGAAAGUUGACAUUGAAGCCAUUUUUUCAAAGUAUGGAAAAAUAGUUGGAUGCUCCGUCCACAAAGGUUAUGCAUUUGUACAGUAUAUGAGUGAGCGACAUGCAAGAGCUGCCGUGGCUGGAGAAAAUGCCAGGAUCAUUGCAGGCCAACCACUUGAUAUCAACAUGGCAGGUGAGCCCAAACCAUACAGACCAAAACCUGGAAACAAGAGGCCCCUUUCUGCGCUUUACAGACUUGAAUCAAAGGAGCCUUUCUUGUCUGUUGGUGGGUAUGUCUUUGACUAUGAUUACUACAGAGAUGAUUUCUACAAUCGGUUGUUUGAUUACCACGGGCGUGUGCCUCCCCCUCCUCGUGCAGUCAUCCCCCUGAAGCGCCCCAGAGUGGCUGUCACCUCAACUCGCAGGGGAAAAGGAGUCUUUUCCAUGAAAGGAGGAUCAAGAUCUGCUGUCAGUGGGUCUUCAUCAGGCUCUAAGUUGAAAUCAGACGAGUUACAGACAAUCAAGAAAGAAUUAACCCAGAUCAAAACUAAAAUUGACUCCUUGCUAGGGCGCCUGGAGAAGAUUGAAAAACAGCAGAAGGCAGAAGCAGCUCAGAAGAAGCAAUUGGAAGAGAGUAUAGAGCUGAUCCAAGACGAAUGUGUGUCAGAGAAUGCAGAUCACUCUACAGAGGAGCCUGCUGAAGGAGGGCCAGAAGCGGAUGGAGAAGAGAUGACUGAUGGGAUAGAGGAGGACUUCGAUGAAGAUGGGGGUCAUGAGCUGUUUCUACAGAUAAAGUGAUCUGAAGUGAUGGAUGAUGACACAAAAGCAGAAAAGAGAAACUGUGACAACCCCCAGAAAUGUGAAAGGAGGUUUCUUAUUGGAUGACAGCAUCUUUGUUCAAUUUAUAUAAAUACCCAAAUUAAUAAAAUGGACAGUAUUGUUCAAUUUUAGAAAAUCCAUGUAUUCUAUGUCCACACUAUAUAACUGUCAGGUUUAUAUGGUUUAAAUUGUAAAUGUGUUUUUCCCUCUUGCUAAUUAUUUUUUUUUAGUCUUAAAGUGUGAAGGACAUUUAUGAGUGGUAAGGGAGACACUGUAUACAAAUGUAUAUUUGUAAAAGCUAUUUUUAUGAUUAGCAUGUUUCACUGUUGAUCAUAUACAAAUUCAGGUGAUACUGCAAUUCUAUGUUUAAAGCUUAUUUCCAAUGAUGUCAUGUAAGAAAAAAAAAUACAUUGUAUGCUAGUUUUUAUAAUUUAUUUUUAAUUUAUAGUUUAAAGUAUGCAGAUCGUAAGGAUAAAGUACUUGGAAAAGUUAUAUUUCUGCCUUCUAUAAGCACCCUUUUUUAUUAACAAAGAAUGUGCACAUUCAGAUGUGAUACAAUAGUUAAGGACUGUUAGUUUGACCUGUGACUAAAUUGAGCAUGCUCCAGUCUAAUGAACUGAAAUGACCCAGUUAUUACCUAAUACUUCAGUCUGCGUACAAGAUUCCGUGGACAGAUUUGAGUGCUCAUACAGGAAAGAACUAGACUGACAAGGAAAAAAAUAGCCUUGUCUUUAGAUACAAAAGUCUCAAUUAGUGCAUACACCACUUCAUGUCAUCUCCUAUUCCAGAAACUUUCCAUUCCCAAGCAUUGCAAGUGUUUUCUGAUGCUGUUAGCUAUUGUCUUGUGCUGUGGAAAUGGAGAAACCAUCUUCACAGAUCCUAGGAGAACUCAGCAUAUAAUUUCUUAAUAAAUACUGUUUCUUUUAAAAAUGAAA